GAAGCGGCCAAACGGCGAAUGCGUAAUGCGGGGUGCAGUACACACAGAUGAUAGGUAAUUUAACAAUAUUUGCAGUGCUUUCCUUUCAUGCGACAUUUAAUGGUACAAAUACAUACAUAGGUACUUGUGAUGGGAGCCAUGCUGGCCAAGGGGCCGUACGUCGUUAGGCACACAAGGUACAGCACAUGUAUGUAGACACAACAUCAAUGUAGACUUUCCAUAGGCCGAGCCGGUUCGGAGCUCUCCUCUUAUCGGUUGUAAGGUUAGUGGAUGCCAGCAAUUCCCAUACUAAACCUGCCUUAACCUUUCUUUAUCGGUGCAUCUGAUCAGAUUGACUGAUCAGGCUUUCGCUUCUGCUUCGCCUUCAGCUUCACCAAUGUGGGUAAAGGAUUACGGACAUAUAUAUUCUUGUCGCAGGAAUGAAUGUUCAAGACCUCACGCAGACCUUGGUCGAGUCUUUCCACGCUCUAGCAAACGAAGUCCAAAAUCUGAACGACCGCCAGAUCGUUCUAGAGCACAAGCUUCGUUAUGCUCAUGAACAGUUCCAAUUCUUCUCCAACAAAUAUGCGCCAGCUGCACCCGAGAUAUCAGAAACGCUUGCGAACCUGCAACUGCCACCCGAGCCCGACAACCCCUCAUUGACAAGCACAAACUCCGUCCCUCUUCUGAGACGCAAGCCCGCCGACUCAAAGCACCAAAUCGCUUUGAUCAUCAGAGAGGGCAGGCGCGUUGCCUCGUCGCUCGGCAAUUACAGCAGGAGUAGCCACUCUAGUCGAGACCCGGACCUGGAUACUCUCUCCCGAAGCACCAUGACGACGGCGACCGACACUAUAUUGGAGCAAGAUUUCACCGUGCAGGGCAAGAAGAGCGACCUGAAAUGCCCUUUCUCUCGGACCCCCGUACCUCUGUCGGCCGACGAGGAAACGAGUCGAUCACACACGACACCAGACCCUACACCCCACCAAUCCAACGACCCGAUAUGCGCUGCCAUGUUCGAGGAAACGACGAAUAUGCACGCUCCCGACCAGGAUGGCGCCUCGAAAUGUCCCAUCCGCUACAUGGAUCAGCAUUCUCCAGAAGAGAUUGCCCACUAUCUCGAGACCCACAAGCACGAUCUUCCCCGAAGCCACGAAGUCUGCUUGCGCAGGUACCAGAAGAACGAGGACCAUAUCAGAAAACUUGACGCCAAGUACGGAAACCUCGUUAACAUGGUCGAAGGCCUAGGGCGUAUUCACCAGCCAAUGCUGCCCGAGCAAGACACGAGACCUCAGAGCGAGGUCGAGACCGGUUCGAAUGAGCGCGUAGAAACAUGGGCACAGGCUGUCAGUGCCACAGCCACCGACGAUCUUGAGUCGGAGGAACAGGCCGCCCACGACCAAGGACGGCAGAGCCAUUUUGACCGGCCCAUGAAAGAAGUACGCUUGGGCGAGUCUCCGAGUAGGCCUUGGGGUAUACCGGUGCCGGACUUCGAUCCGCCCUUGGUCGAUGGGGAGGCUCGUGAGCCGCCCAUGUCGCCUCCUCCAGCUCCUGUCCAGGUGCCCUCUACACCUGCCGCAAACAAUGGAACACCCAGCCGUAAGGCCGGGAAAUGUCCAUUUGACCACACCAAGAUUAAGGCGAACGCAAUGACGCCAACUAUGCCGAAGCUCGAGGAAAACAAAAGCCCAGAGGGCUUGGGCGCAUAUCCGGAUCAUCACGCCUUCACGACUCCCGCCACAGCAACACGAAAGCCAGCACAACAAGCGGCAACGACACCACCUCAACCGACCUUCUUGAACGCUGCUGACAUAGCUCCGCCCAAACCUGGAGCGCCACAGAUGGUUUUUACAGGACCUGUUUUCAUCGGCUACCCUAUUGAACAAGCAAUACAGUUUAUGCAGCAUUUCCAGGGGCAGCAGUAGGGUUGUAGUUGUGCGACUUGGUCUAGCGGUUGAUUUCUCGACGUUCCUAUUAUAUACGACAUUGGCGUCAUUGAGCAAGCGGUUUAUCAUUGUUGUUUGCAGUUGUCACGCCGGCUUAGCAUAAAUCGGAGUUUUUGUAUUUCCACAAGGGUUCAAAGAGUAUUUGAGGAGCGACGAUACCCUUUACGAGAGAAUUGCGGAACAUGGUACAGUUAGU